AUGGCUCUUCGUCUUAGGUACACGGUGCGCCAGCUUGACCGCCUGUGCCAACCCUCGACUGUGUCAACACGAUUAGUAGUCGGCCAGCAUGCACGACAGUACUUCCAUGGAACUGCCAGUGGUCCUGGAUUUCAACUCUCGAGGUGUGCAGGGGUGAAAUUCUCACGUCAAACUCCCCACAGCGUCAGAAGCAUCUCGGGCCAGCAGAAAGCUCGAGAUCUCAAUCAGCAGGGGAUCGAUGAAGCAUUGUCCGAGUUCGACAACGCAGUUGCCCAAGAGCAUGAAAAGCAGGAACGCACGCCAUGGCACCGUCAGGGAGCAGAGGAGCCUCCUGUGCGAAGACAACGGUCAGCUGGGGCCAUGACCAAAGGAAAACUACUGACCACGCCUUCGAGACUCCUCAAAUUAGUGCUCCCUCUUACGACGAUCGACCAGAAUUCCGACCGCAAGGACGUGGCCCCUCUUGCACUACUCGUCCAUCCACAACAACCACUGUCCUAUCUUGAACGGUUGAUCCAGUCGGAAUUGCCCAGCAUCACCAAUGAAAAGGGCGAAGGGAGACUACCCAAAGUGUCUUUUCGGGCCAUGGAAUCCAAAGACGAUGAAAUGAAAAGCAUCAAGAAGCCGUCAAAGGAGCAGGAGGAUGCAACCAGUGCUCCAGAUCAGCCUCGCCGCGAUGGAGGUGUUGAGAGCUACAGUGGUGCAGGCCGCGAAGGCAAGGGCAAGGACGAAGGCGAGUUCGUGCGAUGGAGCUUGUCCACGGAAAUCGGCGACUUUAUCAGAGACGCUGCUCGUGCGAAAGAAUUCGAAGUCGAGAUAGAAGGGAGUCCCAGGCCCAUCAAAGUUGCUGUCCCUUCGUUCAACGAUAGAACAUAUUACUUGCGACAGCGACUGCGGAGAAUAUCUAGGCAGAUUGCUGACAUGGCGGCCGUCAAGAAAGAAUGUGAUGAGGCGGCCCACAAAGCUGGUCAGCGCAUUGCCAUGGGAGGGUGCGGCAUUCUCAUCGGGUACUGGUAUCUUGUGUAUCGACUUACGUUCGAAACGGACCUCGGAUGGGACGUAAUGGAGCCGGUUACAUAUUUGACGGGCCUCAGUUGCAUAAUUGGGGGUUAUAUGUGGUUCCUCUAUCAUAACCGGGAGGUCUCCUACCGCUCAGCGUUGAACCUCACGAUUUCUCGUCGACAAUCCCGCCUGUACCAACAAAAGGGGUUCAACAUCCACAAAUGGGAGGCCUUGAUCGAGGAAGCCAAUGCCAUCAGAAAGGAAAUCAAGGCAGUGGCCGCGGAAUAUGAUGUGGAAUGGGACGAGACUGUUGAUGAGCACGAUGAAGAGGUCACCAAGGCACUGAGACAAGAACGGAAGAAUGCCAACGGCAAAUCAAAGUCGAAAAAAGGUGACGAUGAGGACGAAGAUGACGAUUAA